CGAGUAGAGAACAGUCAGAUUUCCCACCCUGUCUCCUCCUCUCUUUCCCCUAUAUAAAUCCUUGUUCCUUCUGCUGUGAGUGCUAGCUCAUUGCCAUGGAGGCAAGCAACGCGGCUUCAAGUGCCUCCCCCCUUCACAGCCCUUGUGCGGCGUGCAAGAUUCUCCGCCGGCGAUGCUCCGACAAGUGUGCGCUGGCGCCUUAUUUCCCCCCGACUGAGCUGGUCAGGUUCACGAGCGCACAUCGAGUCUUCGGCGCCAGCAACGUCGUCAAACUCUUGCAGGAGCUCGCAGAGAGGCAGAGGGCGGACGCCGUGAGCAGCCUGGUGUACGAGGCGAACGCGAGGAUCAGAGAUCCGGUGUACGGCAGCGCCGGGAUCAUCUUCCAGCUGCAGAAGCAAGUGGACGAGCUGCAGCUGCAGCUGGCGCAGGCGCAGGCGGAGCUCGCGGCGCAGCGGGCGCAGAACGAGAACCUGAUCGCAGUCCUCUUCAUGAAGGCCUGGCCCCUGCCUGAUGAGUACGGUCCUAGAACGGUGGCGGAGGAGUACAGCCAGGAGUCCAUAUGGGAGCCGGCGCUCUGGUCGUCGUAGCGACAGACUCCCCCCCGAGCACCUGCGCCAUUCUCCUACGUACCUUCACCGUUCCGUUUAGGGUUGCUGAUCGAUCGGUGUCGCAGAAGUGUAGCAUUGAGCGUUGUUGCCGCAUCGAUGGAUGCUUCAAUGAGAUCUGGAGGGUCGAUGACAGAAGAUUUGGCUGUAAUGGAAACAUUCAAUGCGAAACAGAGGAAGCUGCAGUGGUCGUUUUCUUU